GAUCAAAAUCAAUCUCUUCUUCUCUUAAUUCCUCUAUUCCUCCAAAAUCUCUUCUUUGAAAUGGUUGCCUUCUCUCCCUUCUUUUCCCGGCCGGAUACUUAAAAAAAAACACCCCAUCCACCGCCGGCAGCCGCUUCCCACUCCCGCCUCAUCAAUAUUUCCUAGGUCGUCGGCGGCUGCAUGCUCUUUUGCUGCUAAUUUGUAAAGAAAAUUUAAUACGAUGGCGGGCCACCACGAUCACCACCACCAUGCAGAUUCCUUCUCCGGGACCCUCCCCGCCAUCGAUGAGGACGUUGUCGCCGACCUCACCUGGCCUUUCGGAAACCUUGAUGGUCUAGAUGUCGACGACAUCCGCGAGACUGCCUACGAGGUUUUCUUCACGGCAUGUCGGUCGUCCCCUGGAUUCGGUGGCGGGAGGAACGCCCUGUCAUUUUACUCCACCCAUAAUAAUCACCAUGAUAGUGGUGGUAGUGGCGGAGGCGGCGGAGGAGAAGGAGGAGGAGGAGGAGGAGGAUUCGGGUCUUUGUCAUUCGGGUCAUCUUCGUCGGUAGGGAGAUUGGGUGGUGGUGGUGGUGCUGUCGUGGUUACAUCUCCGGUUAGUAAAAUCAAGCGAGCUUUGGGUUUGAAAAUGCUCAAGAGAUCACCAUCAAGGAGGAUGUCGAGUCUCGGUGGCGGAUUCAACAACGGAGGAGGAGGUGGCGGCGGUGCAGGUUCAGCGCCAAACUCUCCAAGCACUCCGCAACAUCACACGGUGUUUAGUAGCCCCAACAUUGGGUUCUCCACGUUGCAACCGGUGAGGGCGAGGCGACCAUUAACAUCGGCGGAGAUAAUGAGGCUUCAGAUGAGAGUGACGGAACAGAGUGAUAACCGGCUUCGCAAAACUCUAAUGCGAACCCUUGUUGGCCAACUAGGGAGACGAGCAGAGACAAUAAUAUUACCACUAGAGCUUCUCCGCCAUUUAAAGCCAUCUGAGUUCAACGACGGCCCAGAGUACCACAUAUGGCAGAGACGACAACUCAAGGUGUUGGAAAACGGUCUUCUCAUCCACCCUUCUGUCCCGCUAGACAAAUCCAACACCCACGCCAUUCGCCUUCGUGAGAUUGUUCUUUCCAGUGAGACUCGGCCCGUGGACACUAGCAAGAACUCCGAGACCAUGAGGGCCCUCUGCAACACUGUGGUUUCCCUUUCAUGGCGGAGUAGCAACAGCAAUGCCACCGAUGUUUGCCACUGGGCCGAUGGCUACCCUCUCAACAUCAACAUCUACAUUGCCCUGCUUCGCUCCAUCUUUGAUAUUCGCGAAGAAACAAUGGUUCUUGACGAGGUCGAUGAGCUGACGGAGCUUAUGAAGAAGACAUGGACGACACUAGGGAUCAGCCGUCCAAUUCACAACCUAUGCUUCACGUGGGUGUUGUUCCAGCAGUACGUGUUGACUUCACAGACGGAGCCAGACUUGCUUUAUGCAGCACACACCAUGUUAUCGACGGAAGUCGCCAAUGACUCGAGGAGGCCGGAUAGGGAGGCAUUGUAUGUGAAGUUGUUGUCUUUAAUGCUAGAGUCGAUGCAAGGGUGGGCUGAGAGGAGGUUGCUCCACUACCAUGAUUAUUUCCAAAGAGGGACGGUUGUUUUGAUUGAGAAUUUGUUGCCCUUGGCUCUAUCUGCGUCCAGGAUUUUGGGAGAGGAUGUUUCAAUUGUUGAAGGGGUGGGAGGUAAAGAGAAGAAGAGAAACACUAGGAUGGUAGCUAAUUCGUCUGAGGAUCGAGUUGAUCUUUACAUUCGAGCUUCAAUCAAGAAUGCUUUCGCCAAGAUCAUAGAAACUGGAAGCUACAAGAGCACUAGAUUGGAAGUAAAGGAUGAGGCGACUGAGGCACUACUUCAAUUGGCUAAAGAGACGGAGGAUUUAGCACUAAGAGAGAGGGAAUGUUUUAGUUCCAUUCUCAAAAAGUGGAACUCAAGUGCUGCGAGUAUUGCAUCAGUGACUCUACACCAAUGUUAUGGAGCAGUAUUGAAGCAAUAUUUAGCUGGCGUGACUGUAUUGAAUCAUGAAACAGUGGAUGUUCUCCACAGGGCUGCCAAGCUUGAAAAAGCAUUGGUUCAAAUGGUUGUUGAGGACUCUGAGGAGUCCGAAGAUGGAGGCAAGAACAUUGUUAGAGAGAUGGCUCCUUAUGAGGUUGAUUCAAUCAUACUCAAACUGGUGAAGCAAUGGAUUCAAGAGAGGUUGAAGAUUGGGGGAGAAUGUGUUCUUCGAGCAAAAGAGUCCGAGACAUGGAAUCCCAAGUCCAAAAAUGAGCCUUAUGCUCAAUCAGCUGUGGAACUCAUCAAAAUUGCCACAGAAACGGUAGAAGAGUUCUUUGAAACCCCCAUUGGGAUUACAGACGAUCUCAUUUGUGCCCUUGCAGAAGGUCUUGAGCAGUUGUUUCUAGAAUAUGCCAACUUUGUGACGGCUUGUGGAUCAAAACAAAGCUAUCUUCCAACUCUUCCCCCACUAACCAGAUGCAACCGAGACUCAAAAUUCUUCAAAAUUUGGAAAAAAGCAGCUCCUUGCACUGUGACAAUAGAGGAUCUUCACCAAAAUGAGUUCAAUGAAAUUCAUCAUCCUCGAGCAUCAACGAGCCGUGGGACACAACGUCUCUACAUCCGACUCAACACAUUGCAUUACCUUGUUUCUCACCUGCACGCACUGGACAAGACCCUUGCCCUGGCUCCAAGGUCUAAUUCGGCUCGAACACGUAAUAGUCGUCGACAACACAGUAUCUCCUCUUACUUUGAGCAAGCCCAUGCAUCCAUCCAAUCUGCAUGUCAGCAUGUAUCAGAAGUGGCUGGUUAUCGCUUGAUAUUCCUCGACUCGAGCUCGGUGAUAUAUGAAUCACUCUAUGUCAUCGAUGUAGCCAAUGCGAGGAUCAAACCAGCACUCAGAAUCCUCAAACAAAACAUCACUCUCAUGAGUGCAAUCCUAACCGAUCGAGCCCAAUCCUUAGCCGUGAAAGAAGUAAUGAAGGCCACAUUCGAGGCCUUCCUCAUGGUUUUGCUUGCCGGAGGGUGCUCCAGGGUGUUCUACAAAACUGAUCAUAACAUGAUUGAGGAAGAUUUUCAAAGCUUGAAACGCAUGUUCUGUACUUGUGGCGAAGGGCUGAUGAAUGAGGACCUCGUGGAAAGGGAAGGUGAGAUUGUGGAAGGGGUGAUUGCAUUGAUGGGUGAAUCCACAGAGCAACUAAUGGAAUAUUUCAGCAACGCUGCUUGCGAAACAAGCGGCAUAGGAGCCUUGAGUUCAGGGCAGAAACUACCAAUGCCACCAACUACAGGGAGAUGGAAUAGAGGGGAUCCAAACACAAUCUUGAGAGUUUUAUGCCACAGGAAUGAUAGAGUAGCGAAUCAAUUCUUGAAGAAAUCGUUCCAGUUAGCCAAAAGGAAGUGAUGAGAUGCGAAAACCAAUUCGUGGAUCUAGUCCCCUUUACAUGAUCUUCAUUUCAGGAAGGCAAGGCAGCUACAUAGAUUUUUAAUAUUUAGUUGACCUUGAUUACUAGAGUACAUAAAAACAAGAGGAAAACAAUGUAAAAGAUGGCUCAUUGUACUAAUAGAAGUUAGAACAACUGACGGUUAUUAGUACUAGGGAACUGAUGUUAGAAACCUGUUUGGAAGAGGGUUUCUUUCUAGCACAUAAUCUUGGUCAAUUCUACUUCUCCCUUUGAAAAGGGUUUUGAAAUUUUCAUGUCACUCAUUAUGUGAUUGUUCGCUUAUAAAAAGUUGUUUCUUUGACAUUUGGGUGUUGUAUAAACUAUAAAGCAUCAAAAAAUCUGACAUGGAAAGAAAGAACCUACAGG